CCGCUGCCCUUGUCCUUGCAGGCCGUGCGCUACCUGGCAGAAUGUCGAGCCAACAGGGAGAAGAUGAAGGGCGAGCUGGGCAUGAUGCUGAGCCUGCAGAAUGUCAUGCAGAAGAGUACGUCGCCCGGGGAGACCAAGCUGCUGGCCUCUGAGAUCUAUGAGAUCCUGCAGCUGGCGGGUAAAGAGGAGGCGGAGCAGGCGGAGGCGGCCGCUGCGUCCUGCCAGAAGAAAGCCCAGUUCUUCCUGGGCUCCAGCAACAAGAGGGCCAAGACGGUGGUGCUGCACAUCGACGGACUGGACGACUCAGUGAGUGUCCCACGGGCUGCAUUCAGCACUUAUAGGGAGAGACUCCUUCUUUCAGAGAGUCUGGUGGCGCUUUGCAAGGCGUUGGGCACAGCCAUCAACUCCACCAAAGUGAUGACGGCUCAGCAGGUGGUGAGGACGGAGAAUGGAGCCGAGAGGAUCUUGGCGUUCAGCGAGGACUCGGAGGAGGCGGUGGAGGUGAACGAAGACAUCCCAGAAUACCUGCCCGAGGAGGAGAGCCCGUCCGAGGAGCAGGACAAGGCGAUGACACGCGUCGGCUCCAUCACAGACGGCAUGGGCUGGCUCAACACGGCCGCCAACUUCCUGACCCGCUCCUUUUACUGGUGACCACUUCCUGUCUCUCUCUCUGCUCCUGUGUCUCCUCUAAAGUACCAUCCAGCUGCAGCCUUAGCGUCUCUCAGCCUCGGACUAAGCCAACACUAGCGUAGCCCCCCCCCCUCACUUCGCUAAGCACACCACGAGCGUGCAACAAGUGCUGGACUGCCGAGUGGAACCUGCAAUAACUUUAACUUGUGUAUAUAUCCAGCUACAUCUCACCACUACUGGCUUUUAUGUGCAGACCUAGCUGCGUGUGUAUUCCAGCAGACAUAGAGGACUACAAAUCGUACCAAACCAAAUUCUGGACAUAUUUCAUUCUGGCUGAUUCAUUAGAAAUUGGAAGUUCUUGUUUUGUUUUUUUUGUGUGUGCAUGGUUUUUGGUUGCUUUUCCUCAUCGUGUCUACUCCCUAUCCUUUUGACUAUACAUUUUUUUCUUUUCCCCUACAGUUUUAUUUAGCAUGCUUUUUCGUCUUUCGUGCCAACCUCGCCUGAUGCCUAGAUCUGUGAUUGUUGUGUGUGCCUUUUUGACAUUUAACUUUAGCUAUAUAUUUAAUAUUAUUUUUUCCAUCGUUCGUUUAAAUCAUGUGAGAGUCAGAUGUAACAGCUGUGCGGGGCGGCUCUUAGCUUAGCGCGGGACGUCUCCUCAGUAGAAAUAGUGAACUAGUCACCGGCUCUCAUGCAUUACAUACUGAACGAUAAACCACCACUAACUACAUUACCUGAACUCCUCUGGACUGAUCCAAUCACAGCAGCAGUGAUUUGAUUGACAGCGCUUUGUGUUUUUGCACACACGUUAGGCUACCUCUGCUUUCACAUCAGCUUUAUAGUCUUCUGUAGUUUCCCUCCCUCAGCAUGUCAAAUACCAACGUGUCAGCUGCCUGCUUAUUGGACCCUUCCCUGGACUCCCACUCCCACUGUUACAGUAUCAUCGCCCCACCUGUUUAAUCUUCAGUUUAGCCAGCAGUGUCCUUACAGCAAACAUCAUGUCGCUACACACACACACACACACACACACACACACACACACACACACACACACACACACACACACACAGGACUCGCUGUGCAGUAGUGGAAAACUGGAACAACGGUGUGGUUAUGUACAUUUUGUAAAUGGUGCCUGAUUCCCUAAAGUCUCGGAGCCUACAUGUGAAGGAUUGUUCAGUUUUUGUAAUUUGAUUGGAUGCCACAGAACAGCUAAUGCUUAGUGAGUUUAUUCCUUUCCUUUAGACUUUACGACCCCAUGACUCACACCAGGUUUUAAUCAUGAUCUCCUCCGACUUGUGUGAGUGUCAUUAAUAAUUAUAAUUUCCGCUGCUGACCAGGCCACUUUUAUUGUUCUGAUGGUGCAUAGACGUCACAGUCGGUCGAGGUCAAACAGAUAGAGGGUCGGCACAGAUCGACCUGAAUUAAUCACCACUACUCUCUGGAAAAGCAAUAAUAUUUUUUGCGUUAAAUGUAGAAAUAGAUCAGUCUUUAAAAUAAUGUUUUUGGAUAAAAGGUAUUAGUUAAGAUUAUCAUCAGUAUUACAAUGUCUUCUUUAUUUGUCCAUUUUGCACAGAAUCAAUCUCUAAAUUGCAUCGUGAUUUAAUUUUUAAUAUUUGGUGUCAUACUGCGAAGAAAUACUUGAACGUAGUUUCUUAGAACUCUUCUCAUGUGUCGCUCAAAGUGUACAUUUCCCACAGCUGUUAGAUGAACCUCUGUAAGGUCGACAAAAACAAAGUGUAACUGUACAGACUCGCUCGUCUGUCAUCAAAUGUAAUAUACUGAAUGCAGAUCUUUAAACUGUAGAUCCCUUACACUGUUAAUGCAAACGAUGAUAAACUUCAAAUCCAAACAUG